CCUCACUCACUCAGUCAGUCAGUCAGUAUGUUUAGUUUAGCCAAGCACAGCAAGUCGGAGUCGCGAGUCCAAUAAGAAAACGCGCGGCGGCGACGGUGACGCCAGCGACAGACAAACGCCAUACCCCACAAGAAAAAAACAUCUGUGGACAAUUUUAAAUAAACAAAUAUAACAAACAGCAACAACUCAGUUGCUAGAGUGAGUGACAAAAACAAUCACACACACAGACACUCGUUUGGGCAUAACCAUCUUCGAAUUACACAAAAAAUAAACGGAAUUUAAAGAAUAACAUCUUCUCGGUUUCGGACUUGCUCUUGUUGUUCUGUGGUUAUUUCUCUUCUCAACGACGACAGCGACGGUCAGUUUCGAGACCAAAAAGAAAACGAAGACGACGUUUCGACUACAAACAAAAAAUCAACAAAAUCGAAAUUCACCCAAAUAACGAUUGAAAGUAAAAAAAAAUCCCCAAACAAAUUGUUAUUCGCUGUCAUUUUCACUUGGCCACUGCAAAACAGCCAGGCAGCCAACCAAAUUGGACCGACCGACUGACUGACGAUGGCCUACCCCACAAAUCUUUUGAGAUGUCCCAUCCAAUAACGAAAUUAAUAACAGAAAAAAAUAAAUAAAUAAAAUAUGUGAAAGAAAUCUCCAAGAAUACACAUGUCACAAUGAAUAUUCUAUGUAGAUCUAACCAAAGAAAGAGGUUGUGAAAAAAGUAACAUCAAAAAUAUAUUUACAUAUGUAUGUACGAGUAUGUACACGGUAUGUAUGUAAAUACUCGCCUGUGCAUGGUGCAUGUAAGCAAGUGUCGUUUGCGUCUUCUGGCUUCCAAGUGAGAUGAGUGCUUUUGAUGUGAGACGGAAAAAACGUCUUCUAUAGAAUGUAUCCUUCUAUAGAUACCCAAAAAAGAUAUCGUUUGCAUAAAGUCAUUCGCCACACAAUAUGAAAGCGAAAAGUAAAAAAUCUAAUUAUAAGAAUUUCCAAUUCCCUUUAAACAAGAAGAAAAUCUGAGCUCCGUGUCACUCACCGUUUGGCCGGCGGUGAAAAUGUGCGAAUAAAAAGUGUAUUUAUGUGAAAUUUAAACAAAAAUAAACAAAACAAAACCAAAAAGAAUAGAAAAUAUUGUGUAUUUGUGUGAAGCGUAGCCGACUCGCCUACCUACCAACCGACAGACCGACCCUGCCGACGGGCCUUCAACUCGGUUGCCUCUCUCGCUCGCUCUCACUCUUCGGGUUGCGUGCCACCGGAAAUCAGGUGUAUAACCCGGAAGUUCCGCUACAAAGCCUAAAAGAAGAUUACACAAAAUUCAUUGAAUGUGAAAUUUUCUUAAAGCAAAUCCCCUCCCAAUUCAAAAGGAGCGCAGCACUCACCUGCAUCACUAGGCAGACGAAGCAGAGGGAGAAGAAGAUAAAAUGAAGCCCUCAAUAUUUUAGAACUCUUUUGCCCUACUAACCACCAACACAUACACAACUCUAACACAAUGAGAGGUCGACGAAUACCGCUGGCAUUGCCCAAUACGGGGACAUUGCAUCGCAAACGGAACACCUACUAUUUGCGUGGCAUUAUUGUGAUAACCAUUGUAAUAUUUCUAUUCCUGCAAUUACAUGCUUUUAAUUUUCCUGAAUCCCGUGAUCCUCUCCUAACGGAGCCCACAAAUGACUCAGUCGAUGCCAUAUUAUCCAUGGUGCCAUCGGUGUUGCACAAAUUUUUAACACCUAAGUCACGUAAUCAAACCUUAGCUGCUAAUUUACAACACAAUGGAACGGUGUUAAAUGGUGGCGGAUCUGUGAGUUUUCUCGAUUCGUACCAUCCACCCAAUAUCAGUGAAAUUAAGCGACAGAUUGCCAAAUAUAAUGAUAUGCAAUUAGUUUUAAAUGAAUACACAUUUGGUCCGUUACAAAAUGAUUCUGUGAUAAUUGUAAUACAAGUCCACACUCGUAUUAUCUACCUACGCCAUUUGAUCGUGAGUCUGGCACAGGCUCGUGAUAUUUCUAGAGUUCUUUUAAUAUUUUCACAUGAUUAUUAUGAUGAAGAUAUUAACGAUUUAGUGCAGAGUAUAGACUUUUGUAAAGUAAUACAGAUCUUUUAUCCCUAUUCAAUACAAACACAUCUAAAUGAGUUUCCCGGUGUUGAUCCGAAUGAUUGUCCGAGGGAUAUUAAAAAAGAUCAGGCAAUCAUUCGAAAAUGCAACAAUGCCUUAUAUCCCGAUUUGUAUGGGCAUUAUCGAGAGGCAAAGUUUACCCAAACCAAACAUCAUUGGUGGUGGAAGGCGAAUCGAGUAUUUGAUCAAUUGGAAGUCACAAGAUAUCACACAGGCCUUGUUCUCUUCCUUGAGGAAGAUCAUUAUGUUGCCGAAGAUUUUCUCUAUCUCUUGGAGAUGAUGCAACGGCGAACAGUUGAUCUAUGUCCCCAGUGUAAUAUUCUGUCGUUGGGAACCUACUUGAAGACUUUCAAUUACUACACAUACAACAGCAAGUCGAAACAGAAAUCAUUUAGCAAUCAGUAUGCUUCUUCUUCCUCCUCGCUGAUAUCCACUAACAAUCUCUUAGGAUAUCAUAGGAAUAGGAAAUCACUUCAGUUAUCAUCACAAUCAGCUUUAAAAUCCAAUACUAACGAUCAGAAUAGUCAAAAUACGAAAUCAUAUGUGGGCGAUACCAGCCCCAAUUCACAGCAACAACAACAACACGGCACCUCUUCUCUCAUCACUUCCUCAACGAGCACAACAACCAAACAAAGCACUUCUCAAACUCAAGGUGCACAACAGACAUGGAGCUAUCAUGUCUUGCCAUCAUUGUAUUCUGUCUAUCAGAAGGUGGAGGUAAUGCCCUGGAUAAGCAGCAAACAUAAUAUGGGAUUUGCUUUCAAUCGCACUACUUGGAGCAGCAUAAGGAAGUGUGGUAAACAUUUUUGCUCCUACGACGACUACAAUUGGGAUUGGUCGCUGCAACAUGUAUCCCAACAAUGUUUACAACGCAAGCUACAUGCCAUGAUAGUCAAGGGACCAAGGGUCUUUCACAUUGGCGAAUGUGGUGUUCAUCAUAAAAAGAAGAACUGUGAAUCGAACCAGGUGAUUUCCAAAGUCCAACAAGUCUUGCGCAUUGCCCGCAAAUCUGGACAAAUAUUUCCCAAAUCUCUAACACUAACCGUGGCGAGUCUAAUCAAAAAGACAAAAUUGCGCAAAGGUAAUGGCGGUUGGGGUGAUCGACGUGAUCAUGAGCUAUGUCUGAAUAUGACUUUACCAAUUAGAUGAAUUUAGUACGGAAAAAUAAAUUGUUCUCGCCACCUUUUUUACAAAAAAAAUAUUUCUCAACUUAAGUGAUAUUGGUCUUUUUUUUAAGAUACUCCCAGUAACUAGAAAUUAGGAAAAUAAUCGAAAAAAUAAAAUACAACGUAUAAAGAUCAGUCCGGCCACUAAAGGCAAUAGGAAUAAUUAUAACUCCUUUAAAGCUGUAGAUAUUGGAAAAUGUUUAAAAAAUUGAAAUUUUUUUUGUUUUUUCAAGAAACCAUCUAAAUAGGCUUGUGGAAGAAAAUAACAUGUUUUACCACUAAUCUAAUUAAACAAAAUCACGGCUACAUGAUGCAACAUAAUUAUUUUCUGAGCAAAAAAGUUUAGAUUUUGACAUUUUGUUUACAGAAAUCAACCUAAAACGAAAUAACUGCAACAUAUGCCUCGUUAAGCCUAGUACUGACUUCGAUUGUGCGAAAAAUGUUUCUAAAAAUCAAUAAAAUUUUGUGAAAUCUCACAAUGUUUCCAACAGUGUUACUAAUUUGUUUAGUUGUAAUUAAAAAUUUUUCUGGCUUGCAAAGCGUUGUUUUUGUAGUAAACAGUUGGAAGUUGACAUCAGUGUCAUCACCGACACCAUGUGUCUGUCAACCAAAGUAAAAACAAAUUUUUCUGAAAAUUUGCAAAACUUUUAUCUAAAAUAGUUAAAAGGAUAUAAUAAAUAAAAGGAAAUACUUCCUACCUAGAUCGGCGAUGGCCAAUGGGUUUGGCAUAAAACACAGAAAGGCAGAGCUGGUGUUGUUCACUAGAAGGAGGAAGUAUGGCGAAUUCAGGGAACCAAUCCUGGAAGGAGUGAACUGCCGCUCUCUCGGGAGGCUAAAUACCUGGGCAUAUUUUUUGAUCAUAAAUAUAACUGGAGAAUUAACGAUGAGUAGAGAGUUAAACGGAGGCUGAGUGCGCUCUAAUUAUGGCACAACUCAAUAGCCAGGAUUUGGAAACUUGGACCAGGGGCGGUCCAGUGGAUGCACACUUUUUUGGGUUGCCUAAUCCUCACCUAUGGGCGCUUGGUGUGGCUCCUGGCCCUAGAGAGGGUGAGUCUACGCGAUGUGAUGGAGAAGGUAAAGGGUAUUGUGGCAGUGCUGAUAUCAGGGGCGAUUGGAGUGCCCCGAGAGCAGCACUUUUAUGUAGAGACGGUGGUGUUAAGGUCUGCCUUCUAACUCAGGGAGUCAGGGACAUGUCGUUCUACCGAUUUCGUGCAUUCGUUUGUCAUGCGAAAGGCCGCUGGAGUGGAACGAUUACGUGGCUUUGGCGAUGCGAAAGACUGUAUGGCGGGCGGAUCUUUUUUCGAUGGCGACUUGGAAUUUGUUUUCUCUGAGAGGAAGCUUUGGGAUGGCUGAGUCCCGAAAUUCUCCCGCCCCUCUAGUUGCAAGGUUGGGUCCAAGUUUAAUGGGGCCACUGUAACGUGAGUUUAUGGAGUCACAUAGAAUUCUGGACGGGUGCAUUGUCUUUCAAUAUUCAUAUUAUCUCUACACAAAAAAAAAAAUAACGAAACAAAUUGUAAAGACAAGGUUUGAAAUUUUUGUAAACAGCUGAUUGUCAUUGUUCGCUGGAAUUAAUAUACAUGUACAUUUAAAAUCUACGAAAUUUGACAAUGUUGCUAGCAACCAUCAUUUCGUAAAAAAAAGAACUAAACACAAGUUAUUUGAACAAAUUUCGUAGUCAUUUCGCAAAAGUUUUUUAUAGGGCCUUUUGACAGUUAUUCGGACGAAAACUCGAAGUCAGUACUAGGCUUUACUCAUCAUAGACAAAAACAUCAAUAUACGGUAUAUUGUUGUUAAAAU